AGGGUUUUUCCAACCAUUUCUCGAAGCCGCCUAAAAGAGAGCCGGGAAAGGAAGCUAGAAGAGCAAAGCGAAAAUGAAGACUAUACUUUCCUCCGAGACAAUGGACAUCCCCGAUGGGGUUAGCAUUAAGGUCAAGGCUAAGGUGAUCGAGGUUGAAGGUCCAAGGGGUAAGCUUACCCGCAACUUCAAGCACCUCAACCUUGAUUUCCAUCUCAUCAAGGACGAAGAGACCGGCAAGCGUAAGCUCAGGAUCGAGGCUUGGUUUGGCUCCAGGAAGACCAGUGCCGCCAUCCGUACAGCUCUUAGCCACGUUGAGAACCUCAUCACCGGUGUCACUAAAGGAUACCGUUACAAGAUGAGGUUCGUCUACGCUCACUUUCCGAUUAACGCCUCCAUCACUAAUGGCAACAAGUCGAUCGAGAUCCGUAACUUCCUUGGCGAGAAGAAGGUCCGUAAGGUGGAUAUGUUGGAAGGUGUUUCCAUUGUUCGAUCCGAGAAGGUUAAGGAUGAGAUUGUUUUGGAUGGUAAUGACAUCGAACUUGUAUCCCGAUCUGCAGCUUUGAUAAACCAGAAAUGCCAUGUGAAGAACAAGGAUAUUAGAAAGUUCCUUGAUGGUAUCUAUGUUAGUGAGAAGGGAAGGGUCGCUGAAGAAGAAUGAUUACUAUCUCCUUGAAUCAUAGUUAUAGUGCUGCUUUAUUUUUUUGUCGUGGUAAUAUCUUGGGACUCCGUUUUUUGUCUCGUCUUUCCUGUUUCCCUGGAUUGCAACUGUUACAGAGGACAAGGAUGUUAUCUUUAUUUGUUUGCAGAAUUUUGGAUAUCUGUUUAAUCUUUAGUACUCUAAUUAUUCCCCCAUUUUAAGCUGUGUGUUGAUUUAUAGAACUGUUCCUUAAUGAAUCUCAUUUUUCUGCAA